CUUAAUACUACAUCGCUUAGAAGUCUACUUUUUGUCGUUCUACAGCAUGUGAACGCAGCUAUACGACACGACCAUCUAUGGCUCUCUGUGCCCUUUUGUCCCUUGCGUUUCUGCAUCCCGUAAUGCUAAUCUAACGGCGAUUCGGAAAUGGAAAUGCCAGACAGCGAAGCAGAACUAGAUGAAGCAUUCACUGAAGUGUGUGACUAAGGAGGGGGUAACGUCGUGAACGUGAUAUCAAGAAGGACAAGGUCCCAUCUUCUGAUUAUUUGGUGCGGCGCGUAUAGCAAUCCUGUGGGCAGAGGAAGAACGCAAACACAGGUGUGAGGUGGAGUAACAAGCGUGGAUGUGGUGUAACCGGACGAUGGUCAUCGAAGAAUAUUAGCGCAUCCCUCAUCAUCUAGUUCUAGCCGCGUUCGGUCUUUGAAAUGCUACAUCUUCUGCGUCUGUGAUCGUCCUGCACCACUGCGAGCACAACUGACGCUACUUAGAUUCUACUCGUCCUGUCGUUGCGGUUGCCUUCCAAAGAGUCCAGCAACAAGACCUCAUCUUCAAGAUGGAGCGUCUUUCAGCAAGUGCGGUCCGUCCUAGUGCGGAAUCGCGCAUAGAAAACGCGAUGAAGCACCUGGAGAACCCGUUUUUGGUGGAGACGAGAGCGGAUCUUUCACACGCCAAAGCACCAAGGCCAAGCAGCAUCAUGAAAAUGGAUGCAGCUUUCGUUGCAAACAGGCAGAAACUUUACAUUAUGGUUGGAAAUCCGAAUGAUCUUCCUCUUCGUGGUUUUUAACGGUUCACUCUUCUGCGUGAUCAUGAGGAGAGACUUCUGGAGGAUCCUGGCAGUGUCAUUUUCAUUUGAUGAAGCCUCGCCACUUCACAUCUUCAACAUGUUGAUUCAUUUUCAUCUCUUUAAUACUCUGCUCAAGAUAUUUCUUACUCAAACUUUUCAUCUCUUUAAUACUCUCAACCUCAAGAUACUUACUCAAACUGAAAGAACUCAACUUUUCCACUAGCUACUCUGGAGCGGCGCUCUCUAAUGAGAAUAAAGACGGUCAAGAUCCUAACAUCUUCGACCCCUUAGAACGAAAGCUGGAUCCGAGGACGGCGCAAGAAGAAAGGGACUUCCUAACGAAUGCAGCCAACGCUUUGCUUAUGAAACAAAAAAUUAUAGCAAUAGCAAGAAUAGGAAGAGAACACUUUUAUUUAGUAUGAAAAAUUAUACUAUGUUUUUGUUGAAGAUAUUACUUGUCUUACUGUUACACUUAGAAACAAAUUAUACUAUGAAGAUAUUAGUUGUCUUACUGUUAUACUUAGAAACCCUGCGAUUACUUAAUUUCAAUUCCCGCUUUUCGACGAAAUGAAUGAUACUGAAAGUAGGUUGAUUGUUGAUGCAAGAUCUGAUACUGAAAAUUAGACUCGACAAGGGCUUUCCCUUCUUCAUCUUUUGAUGCAUAAGUGGUCUUAACCAACCUCUUACUUUCGCUUUCCCUUGGACUACUACUAGCAGUACUGCUUCAACUAGCUACUUCUACUACCACAUAGGAGGUGUUACAACUCUACUUACCUUAGUUGUUCUUAGGUGUUACAACUCUACUUACCUUACAGUUCUUGCUCUUCUUUAUUUGCUUUCCUUCUUCAUCUGCUUCCUCGGCCAAACCUUCCCCGUGGUAAACGAGGCUGGAACAAAGCUUCAGCGGGAAAUGAACAAGAUCGAGGAUGGGGUGGUGACUAUUAGGGCUCAACUUUCAUUGGUCAUAGAAGUUGGCCACUGAAAUCGAAGAGGGUCCCCUUGAGAUAACAGGGAAAAAUGAAGGGAAAGGGGAGAGCCUUGGAGGGGGUCUCUUCCGUUCAGAGUCAGUGACCAGUGAAGGCUGAGCUUUAAGACUAGGAUGGCCGACUUCUUGGAAGCUCAGAGGACCAAGUGGACAGAGGAAAAGAUGACACUACACCAACAGUUGAUAAGGCUUGAUGUUAAAGCGGCAUUGCCAUUGCAUUCUUGAGUAGUUGUUUCCUGGCUUUUUUAUUGUUGUUGUUGUUUUCGAAACUGUUCCAAUAGGAAAGAAGCAAGUCCGGGUGGAUAUUCCGAAGAAUGCAAGUAUGCCGCAGCCUCUAAAAUUGGACUCGUACAAAACAACAGCGCAAACGGCUCUGCAGUCCCUUCAGGCAUAUCAACAGAGGAUGAAGGACUUAGAAAACCUCAAGGAAGGGCGCGCACGCUCUGAGUCACUUGCGAAAUUAUGAGUCUACUUGGUGAUGCGUUUUACUUUUAUUCGUAGAGCUCUUGUUCAUCUUUGUCGUAGAGAUUGGAAGCGAGCGCCGUCUUUCAACACCUCCACGAUUUUCUACUAGAGUGCUGCUCCGAAGAAAAAAACUAUAAUUUUGAAUGAACUGCAGCGCUUGCUUCAUCGGCAACAUCUCCAUCUUCUCGUCCUUUACCUUGAUCUCUAAUUUUGAAUAAACUCUCUCCUCUAACAAAAGAGCUCAAACUGAAACUGGACGAACUGACUUUGGAACACGAUGAUUUGAGUCUGAUAGUCCGACGCCACCAAGACGAUGAAAAUCCUCACUUAACCGAAAUCAAGGAGGAACUUCUGAUUGUCCGUGACGAACAUUGGCUCAAGUUAGCGGAAGUACGUCAAAAAAUCGAUGCGGAGAAACAAGAUUUUAUGAAAGAAUUCUCAUUCCGUUUGUUGUUGUUCAACUUCAAACGCUACCGGAGCCGCUUGCAAAACUAUGCUGAUAAAUGAGAUGAAUGCUAAGAUUCUUAGAAUGCUUGCAUGGUUGGAAGUCCUCAUGUACAAGCAAUAGCGUGAACAUCAUCUUAGAAAUAGUCCCAAUGCAAAGUAAGGCAGGUCUUUUUGAUUUCGAUUAACAAGCCACAGGAUCAUGUGGAUUCUUCUUGUUCAUAAUCCUGUCCACCGCCAUGCAAGCUAUGAAGGAGGAGAGAAGGCGGAUUAUAGAGCAGAAUGAUGCGAAUAUCUUCAAGCAGUCGGACGUCAUCUACCGGUUAGACGUGGAACUUGCGAAAGCGAUCGGAGAAAUUGGGUUUUUGGUGGACGAAAAUCGCGUGCUUGCUUAUGGCGUGAUGCUGAUAGUUGUACUGGAACUAACACGGUCAAACCAGCGCUGCGAUGAAGCAAUGAACAAGAUAGCGACGACAAGUCGUAUCGAUGAAUACUGAAUUAUACUUCAUCUAACACGAGGAAGUGCAAGUGGAAGAUGAAUACAGUAAUCCAAUUUUUACAUACCCUGUUACUUCUAACACAUCCAGCAGAACUAUCGAUUACGUAUUAAAGUCGCGAAUGCAGGUCUCAGGUUGCCACCAGACUUUUUUGCGGUCAUAAGAAAGACUGAC